AGCGCAUGCGCUGAUUAUGGUAGAGAAACAUGAUUGGCAGUGUGUUGUUUUACGCGCUGUACCCGUUAUCACGGUACCUGAUCAGUCGAGCCUCAAAGGCAUCAAAGAAGGAUCUCCCUCCUGAAGUGGUUAAUGGCACGGCAGUGUGGGAUGGUGGUGCUGUUACAACCAGAAAGUUCACCCAGUCUCAGACAACCCUGCUGGACCAGUGGCUCAGCCCAAGCAGCGGGACUAAGGGAGAAACGAAAGAAAGGAUGAAAGAACCAAGCCCAGAAGAGGAAGACCAUAUGAGACCUGACACGGACAAAGAACAGCUGAUGGCUGUCCUGCAUGAAGAAGCACAGGAUGAGGCCGCUUCAAAGACGAGUGAGGUGCAACCUGCGGUGAUGGAGCAGGAAGCAGAAACCAGAAAUGGGCCACAACAAGACAAAGUGGAAGCUCCCAAGCAAGAGGAAAAGGAAAUAACAUUUCAAAACACAGAGGGUGGAAGUAUUUUUCCAAACGAGGACAUUAACCCAGAGCAAGAACUUAGGGCACAUUUAGAGUGCCUGCAAACAGAUGACAGUACUCAACCACCUCAAACCACCUGUCCAGUGCAGAAAAAAGUAGCGAUACCAAGCCUAGAAGAGUCAGUAACUCUUGCUGAGCCCAGCAUACAAGAAACCACCAGUCCAGUAUGGGAACAAACACAGAUACCGAGCAUUGAAGAGUCAAUAACUCCAGCUGAAUUUACAGCUGAAGUAACUGAGUGCUGGGAUGAAUAUAUAGCUCCUGCUGCUGAUGAAAUGCAUUGUGGGGAAAGCUCUAACCUAAUAUUUACCUCCCUCCUCUCUGACACCCGCCUUAAACUCAGCGGGGAACAUGCUAUGCAAACUGGCUGGCACUUUCCUGCAGGACCUGGUCUGGCAGAAGAAGUGCAGUGCCUACUGGGGCAGUUUCCAGCAGUGAGCUAUUACCCUCCAAUAGAGCUGACGGUGCCAUUUGAAGUAAUGUGGAGAGUAUGGGUGGAGGUGGAUGAGAGUGCCUCUGCAGCCCUGAUACCUCUCCCAUUCACAAAGCCUUGGAUGGACUUCACUGUUAUGUCCUACAACAUCCUUGCACAGGACCUACUAGAGGCCAACCAGGAGCUGUACAUACACUGCCCCCUGGAGGUGCUUGACUGGAGCUACCGGUGCAGCCUAUUACUGGAGGAAAUACGGAAAUGGGCUCCAGAUAUUCUGUGUCUCCAAGAGGUUCAGGAGAACCACUACCACGAACAACUGUUUCCGUUCCUGUCUCAGAUGGGCUACACCUGUGUGUACAAGCGUCGCACAGGGACCAAGACAGACGGCUGUGCUACUUGCUAUCGUAGCAGUUGCUUCUCUGAGAUAUCAGUCACCACACUGGAGUUCUUCAGGCCUGAGACGGAGCUGCUGGACCGGCACAACGUAGGCAUUGUUGUGUUGCUUCAGCCAGUGGUCACCCGGGGGUCAGAGGUCAAAGCGAAGGGCCCACCCCUCUGCGUGGCCAACACUCAUCUCCUGUUCAACCCCAGGAGGGGCGAUGUGAAGCUGGCUCAGCUAGCUAUAAUGCUGGCAGAAAUUGACAGCGUGGUCAAGUCCUGUAAGGCCAAAGGCGAACACUGUAAUCUUAUUUUGUGUGGGGACUUUAACACUGUUCCCCACAUGCCUCUGUACCAGCUGAUCACCACCGGUGAGCUUUACUUCCAGGGUCUACCAGCGUGGAUGAUAUCUGGUCAAGAGGACAUGUCACACAGAGUUUAUGGUCACAGGCUUUUUGCUCCCCUGUGGCCCAGCUGUCUGGGAAUCACUGACAACUGCCAGUACACGACUGCCAAGGAGACAUUUGAGAGCCAGAGUCAGAAACCAGGGAAAUAUCAGUACAGCCAUGACUUCCUGCUGCAGCUGCGGUUCUGUCCAGCUACAUGUGUCCGUCCUCUGGACUUAGAGCUGAUCCCAGGUGUGACUGACAACACACCAGAUGCUUCAAGGGAAAAUCAGCCUUAUGAUAAAAGUUUCAGACCCACUAUCAGUCACCAGUUAGACCUGGAGUCUGUCUACACACACAUCCUUCCAGGCUCUGGAAAUCCAGAAGUCACGACCCUGCACUCUGAAGUGGGAGCUACUGUCGACUACAUCUUCUACACUCCAAGACGCUACCACUUAACCGCUGAUCAAAAAGCUUGUGGUGACUUUGAGAGUAAGGGUCUGAAGCUGAUUGCUUCUCUCUCCCUCCUAUCGGAGGAUGUUGUGUGGUCAAUGAGGGGCCUUCCCAAUCACAUAUUCCCCUCUGACCAUCUCAGUCUUCUGGCCAAAUUCCAGCUGGACCUGAAUGCUGCAUGAUGGAAAAGACUGGGUGAACUCAAAGAGAUGUCGGAGGAUAAGCAUAUUUUCAUUCAAAUGAUUCAGGUCUUGCUCUGUACACAUUUUGUUUUUGUUAGUAUGAAUACCAUUACUCGUAGUUCACUCCUGGCAUCACAGGAUCAUCAUUUUCUAACUUAAUAGAAGUUAAUAUUUCUGUUCAAAAGAGUCAGGAAAAAUAAUGGAUGCCAAUAUUAAGUCUUGUUCCACAUGUUUUUUUAUAAUGCAGAGCUAUGGCUGAGAUGUGACAAAUCUUAUUAAUAUUGAUGAUGUAAUAGUUGAUUGAAAAAAUGAAGAAAGUUAUUGCUUUAACUCUUAUUGGUGUGAUAAUACACCGACCUGUUCAUUUUGCUGUUUACAGCAAGUCACAUUUUAAUUUAUUUUCAAAUGAGAAUUAAAUAUCUCUGAUUAUAAGUCGGUUCUAUUUUUUCAUACGGCAAAAAAUAUUGAAUAAAUAUUUUCCAUUAA